CAGUCGACCGGUGGCCGCCGCCGCGAGCGCAUUGUCGCGUCAAAGUUUGACAUUUCAAUCUGACAGCGGCUGUCACGAUUCGAAUUUUAAAAACAGUGCGAUUAAGAAGUCAUGGUCCAUUAAUAUUAAUGCUAUACAAACGCGUCUGAUAUUACGUGUCAAUAACAGUCGUUCCGUGUAUACGAUAUUGUGAUGGCGUUUGAAGACCGUUGCAGUCCGAAUCAGGCGAACAGCCCCGGUCCGGUUACUGGAAGAGUUCCGGCACCGCACGCGAACCCAGGCAACAUGAGCUACUGCCCGCCGAGUCAGUACACCUGCACUACGAUCGAUUCGAGAUUUGAUAGAUCGAAUAUGACUGUUGUCAAAGUCCAGCCAAACUCACCGCCUCCCAGCCCAGAGCACAACCAAAACGAAAUGGAUUACCAAAACUACUACAGACCUGACACGCCGGACGUCAAACCGGUUCUACCAGCUGACAGGUUCGACCCGGACAAGCGGAACCGUCAGCAGCCGCCAGCGUCCAUAGCGUUUUCAAUCAGCAACAUCCUUCACCCCGAAUUCGGUUUGAACGCGAUUCGAAAAACGAACAAAAUCGAAGGCCCGAAAGCGGUUGGACCGAAUCACAGUAUUCUGUACAAGCCGUACGAUCUUUCAAAAGAGUAUUCGAAAUUCAAUUUCGAAUAUUUGAAAUCGAAGGAUGACUUUGGCGCGCUGCCGCCGCUCGGCGGAUUACGUCAAACGGUUUCGAACAUUGGCGAAAUUCAAAAAGAGAAGGAGAUAUCAAAGAGUAUGGAGGCACAAAAGAGGCCAGAUUCUGCCAGUUCUAUGGUCUCGUCCACGUCCAGCGGUGCUUUGUCUACGUGCGGGAGUACAGAUACAAACAGCCAGACGUCACAAGGAAAUGCAAACUUAUGGCCUGCCUGGGUGUACUGCACCAGAUACAGCGAUAGACCUAGUUCUGGUCCUAGAAGUAGAAGGGUAAAGAAGAAGAUGCAUCCAGAAGAGAAGAGACCGCGGACUGCAUUCAGUGCUGCUCAACUCGCUAGAUUAAAGCACGAGUUCGCUGAGAACCGCUACCUAACCGAGCGCCGGAGACAGGCGCUCGCUGGAGAACUGGGCCUGGCGGAGGCCCAGAUCAAGAUCUGGUUCCAAAACAAGCGAGCCAAGAUCAAGAAGGCAACUGGACAAAGAAACCCACUUGCCAUGCAAUUGAUGGCCCAAGGGUUAUACAACCAUAGCACCGUGACAGAAAGUGACGAAGAAGAGGAGAUAAGUGUGACGUAAGCGUGACGAAGUGACGUAUGUGACGUCAUACAUUCGGCUUGACAUUAUGAACUUGGCCGUUCUAGCUACCGUACAACCUGAUUUGUUUUAAAUGAUUAUAAACUAUGCUAUUUGAAUUUCGAAUACUAGAUUCUUUGAA